AUGCCAGAGGACGACUACCAUGUGAAAUCAAUCAGCCACCAGAAAGACUUUGCCGGGUUGAUAGCACCACCGGUGGUACUAAUGCCACCCGACCAAAGGUCCAAAGCUGACUGUACCAAAGGAAGGAGGUCUUCGCCAGUCGUCUCCACAUUAUCAUUGGACUCCAUGACAUUGGUGUCAUCCACAAAGCAGAAGCACAAAGCAAAGAACUCCUUGUUGGAGAGUGAUGAAGAUGAAGACACUGAAGAUGACGACCCCAACGACAGGGAGAGUAUUGUGGACGACGCAAUGGAGGAAGACGAGGAUGACGAACGGGGCAAACCGCUGGGGCGAACCCGCAUGAUGAGGCCAUGGACGACAAUCUACCGUUGA